GAUUAUUAAUGUCAGAGCGAUACUACCUUACGUACAUUUAUUUAUUUAUUUAUUUUUUAAAUGUGGUAUCGCUGUUUGACAUUACAUAAGCAUAUUUAUUUUAAAUGUCUACACAUGUAAAAUGCAUGGAUCUAAUAACAUGUAAUGACGACUGUUAACUACUGUGCUGUUCUGUUGCAAGUUUUUCUACAGAUGUGGUGUGGACAUUAUGAAUAGAGCUUCUUCUGACGUUUGGAUUAGUGGUUUUGCUGAUCAGCUCUGCAAAUGGAUGAGUAAACAAUUGGGAUAAACCUUUCAACUUUGAGUGUUCACGAGGUCAAGCUAUCAGCAGAAUUGUCAGCAAGCACCGUAAUGCCAAUGAAGAUCGUAUGUGGGACUUCGCUUGCCAAAAAGUCGGUACCACUACACGCUGCGUUAUAACGGGUUGGAUAAACAAUUGGGAUGAAUUAAUAGCAUAUGAAUGUCACGGCAUAGGGGCACUCGUUGGUGUGGAAAGUAAACACAACAACGCCGUCGAAGAUCGAAGAUUUAAGUUCAAAUGUUGUGCUGUGCGUGGUUUGCGUUAUAACAGCUGUUAUACCUCAAACUAUAUUAAUGUCUUUGAUGGCAACAUGGACAAGCAGAAUGGAAACAAAGAGGUGUUCAAGGGAAUAUACAGCUACCACAGCAAUAGACAUGAAGACAGACGUUGGAAGGUGAAGAUCUGCAGGGUAGUGCCUUCACGCCAUCACCCCAAAAAAAUGAUUAAAGUGCUUGCACCAAAGCCUUGGUAGUGCCCUAAAUUGUAAUAAAUUACCUGAAUUGUAAUACCUGCCUUGAAUUGUAAUAAAAACUACCCUGAAUUGUAAUACUGACUUGAAUUGUAAUAAA